CUUCCCGCAGAAAAAAAAUAAAAGGCAUCGGGGCAACGCUGGAGGCCUACAUGGCCGAGAGGAUAGAUUUUGUGGCAAGACAUAGAUAGAAUUCGAGGUCAUCAAUCAAUCGCCCCUACACGUGACUGGCAAUAGCCCACGCGGCGCCACAUAUUAGGCCUGCCGAUCACUACAGACGGGGAGAUUAAAACCCACCGCCCAGUCGCAUAAACCCGCAGGCCGGCGCGAUUGACCAACCGGCGAUGCCUUCUAUCAGCUUCAAGUUGCUCCGGCCACCGGGGACGGGUUCUGGUUUGCGCGUCCUUUGAAAGAGCCAAAGCUCAGAUAUGGUUCAGAUCAGAAUAAAAGGAGACCGGGCAGGUUCGUCCGUUGGAAUUAUGGAUAGCAUCAACUCGCCCAUCACAUCGGCUUCACCUGUAGCCAUAACCGCAAAAUCACGCAAUAUAAUUCUCUGAGUAUACACCUAUCAACCGCCAGUCUCACAGCUCAGAACAAUGGCCUCAUUCUCCAAGCCCGGUAGCGCCGCCAGAAAGACCAUCCUUUUCCUCGGAGCCACCGGAGGCUGCGGCUUCUCGGUGCUCUGCCGGUUCCUCGACGCAGGCCACACAUGCGACGGUCAUCCGCAGGCGCUGCUGCGCUGGAGCCCGUCGUUGGACCCGGCCGCAUCCUCCCUCGCUGACGCCGUCGUCUUCGCGCUGGGCGGGGUCUUCAGCCUGAGUAGGAUGGGCAAUGACGACCCGGACAUCUGCCGCGCCGGUAUGGAGGCGCUCCUCUCGGGGCUGUCCACCGCCAGGCCGCAGCGGCUCGACGGUCCCCGCGGCGACGCGGCGGCGCCUCGGACGCACGUCAUCAGUACCACAGGCAUCAGCGAGCAGGGCCGCCACGUGCCCUUGGCCAUGCUGCCCAUGUACAGCUACAUGCUGAAGGAGCCGCACAGGGACAAGAAGGCGAUGGAGGACACGCUCGUCACCAGCGGCGAGGCGUGGACCAUUGUGCGGCCCAGCUUGCUGACGGACGAGUCGGCGAGCAGGGUCAGGAAGAUCCGGGUGGGUGUUGAGGAUCAUGUGGGAAAGGUGCUGCUCAGCAAGGACGGCGUGGGCUACACCAUAUCUCGGGAGGAAGUCGGGCGGUGCAUGUUUGAGAAUCUGAUGGAGGAGGCGGGGAGCGACACUUGGCUGUGGAAAAUUGCAACCAUCACCCACUGAACUGGUGAGUGCGGGAAGCUCUACUGUGUCGACGCAACUAAUGCCAACAGACAAACGGUGAAAUGCGAC